GGAUGACCCAAGAGUAGACCCCUUCUGUAGCUCGAAGCCGCGAUGUCAUAGCCUCUUAGAGCAUGGAUAUACAUGGUAUGCAGUCUAUGGACUGGCUUUUCAAGAAAGAGAGAAUCUACCUAUUGGCACAGUUUUGGCAGCAGCGGGCGACGCUCGCUGAGAAGGAAGUGUCAGCCCUCAAGGAGCAACUGGCGGCCUCCAACCAUUCAGACAACAAAAUGGCCGCCGUCACCCAGGGAAAUGAAGAAUUGGUUAACCGAUCUUCAAUUGAGUUGGAGCUUUCCGCCAAAGACAAAGAGAUAUCCCAACUUCUGGAUGAUGUUCAGCGGCUCCAAAGCCGAAUAGGAAAACUGCAAGAAAAUUCAGCUAACCAGAUUGCAAGGCUAGAGGAAGAGCUUGAACAUAAGCGUCAACAUAUUUGUAGGCUAGAGGCCCGCCUCGAUGCUCAGAAGGACUAUAAUGAACUUAAGAGGCAAUUGAGUUGUUUUAGAAAUGUUGAAGAAGGAGCCAAAGUAAAUGAACAUGAAUCAAACAAAGUUUCUGAAGUAACAAUAAAACCUCCUCCAGUUACUACACCUUCUGAAUCACAAGGUGAAGUGCCUACAUUACAUAAUGUUGAAACUUUUGGUUCAUUCCUAGGAGAAGAAAUUGUAGCCAACUGGCGUAGGUCAUUGGAAAGGUCUAUAGUUGGUCCUCCUAGCAAUUGGGCUAGUCCCCCAGAAGAAGGUAAACCAAAGAUUGAAGAAACAAGAGAAAGAGAUUUAGAUAAAACUGGAUCACCAAAUAGAGAACUUGUCAAUGGUUCAGCUAGUCCUAUUGGUCAAGAGCAAGAGCAUGUGAAUUCAGUCCUCCCUAAUGGAAUGUGCGGUCUAAAUAUAGGCAUAAAUAAUAAUGUUCUAAAUUCGGGCCCAUCAUUAAAUUUGAGUGAUGUUAUGAAAAGUCCAUUCAGGUUUGAUGAUCGUUCACCAUUUAGGUUCAACGAAGAUCCAAACUGUAUGGUUGGACGUUUUGGUGAAUCUCUGAUACCUAAGGGAGACCCAAUGGAAGCAAGAUUACAAGAAAUGCUUAGGUAUAAUAUGGAUAAAUAUGCCAAUCAAAAUCUUGAUACUCUUCAUAUUGCAAGGAGAGUGAGGGAGCUUCUUUCUAUCCAUAAUGUUGGGCAAAGACUGUUUGCUAAAUAUGUUCUUGGUUUAUCCCAAGGCACUGUUUCUGAGCUUUUAUCCAAACCUAAACCAUGGGAUAAGUUGACUGAAAAAGGUCGUGACUCUUAUCGUAAAAUGCAUGCUUGGGCUUGUGAUGACAACGCUGUCCUGCUUCUGAAAUCUCUCAUUCCUAAAAAAGGUAAGGAUGGAGCCAGUAUGGGAGUAAUAGCUAGAGGUUCAGAAAAUGACAUAACCGAAGAAAGAAUUGCACAUAUUCUCAGUGAGGCAAGCCACAUGAUGAAGCCACAACAACAUGAUGAAACCCAUAGCAACGAAGACAGUAAAUCUCCAAACCAUCCACUGAGUUCAGAAUCCCCACUUGGUAGAGACAAUUCACAAACACGCAGACUAAAGAAAUAUGAAAAUGAUGACAUUCCUCAAGAACAAGUAGUAAGAAUUUAUCAAGAAGAGCUUGCAAAAAUAAUGGGAAGGAGACUUGAAGAUCAGAGCUUUCCUGGUUUGGUUUUUCCUCAUUUCUUGAGUGGUGGAAGUGGUGAAGAUGUUCGGAUCGCAAUGGAUGCCUACCAUCGAGAGCUCGCCAAGCUGAACUCAACCAACACAGGAGGGCUUCCACAUCCUCUUGCAGCACUUCAUGCUCAGAACCUGUCAUCUGUGCAUAAUGGUAUCGCUCAGGAUUUAUCCUUACCAAAGCAAGUCAAAAGAGAGAAAGCCUCAAAUGAAGAUGAAAAGAAAGAAGAAGAAAGGCACGGAGGAAGUGCUUUUUCUCUUGUUAGACCAAAAGUUGAGCCUGGUUCACCCUUAGGAAAUGUAAUACUGCCCCCUGAGGAUCUAGGCACUGGUUCAGGGACUGCAGCAGUUAGUCCUCUUCAACGAAUGGCCUCAAUUACUAAUGCUUUGAUCUCACAACCACCAUCUCAGCAUCAUCAUUCCCCCUCACAAAGGCCACUUAAAGCUGUCUUACCACCAAUCACUCAGCAGCAAUUUGAUCAGUUCAAUAAUUUAAAUACAGAAGAAAUAGUCAGAAAGGUUAAAGAACAACUUAGUCAAUUUUCAAUAAGUCAGCGGUUAUUUGGAGAAUCAGUCCUCGGGUUAUCGCAGGGAAGUGUUUCUGACCUUCUUGCUCGACCAAAACCAUGGCAUAUGUUGACACAGAAAGGAAGGGAACCAUUCAUUCGAAUGAAGAUGUUUUUAGAAGAUGAAAAUGCGGUUCAUAAACUAGUGGCUUCUCAGUACAAAAUAGCCCCUGAAAAACUGAUGAGAACAGGAGGAUAUGGAAUAAAUCCCAGUGGAGUACCCCAUAAUAAAUCUAUGGCAGCAAAUUGUGGAAAAUUUGUCAAUAGUGAAGCCUUUCUUCAUAAUACCAAUAUACAUAUGCAACAUACUACAUCUGCACCAACACCAGUGCCUCCAUUGACUCCUCCAGACAUAAAAAAGACUGUAACACCUCAACAGUGUCAAACAGCAAUGCAGCAAUAUCCCACUAUGAAAAAUAUGUCUCAUGUAUCUCCAUCAGUUUAUGAAAUGGCUGCCUUAACUCAGGACCUGGACACUCAGUCGAUUACAACAAAAAUUAAGGAAGCUCUGCUGGCCAAUAACAUUGGACAGAAGAUCUUUGGUGAGGCUGUUCUUGGAUUAUCUCAAGGAUCAGUGAGUGAACUGCUUUCUAAACCUAAACCCUGGCAUAUGCUCAGUAUUAAAGGGAGGGAACCUUUCAUCAGAAUGCAAUUGUGGUUAUCAGAUUCCAAUAACAUCGAUAAAUUACAGGCAAUUAAAUCAGAAAGGAGGGAGCUAAACAAGAGGCGGAGAGGAUCUGGGCAGCAAGACAACAGUAGUGACACUUCAUCAAAUGAUACUUCUGAAUUCUAUCACAGUAGUGCUGGAAGCCCUCCUUCUGCUAAAAAGCAUCGUGUAUUAUUUUCAGAAGAACAAAAAGAAGCUUUAAGGAUAGCUUUUGCAUUAGACCCAUACCCAAGUUUAGCUACAAUAGAAUUUUUGGCUAAUGAGUUAAGUCUUGUUUCCAGAACUAUUACUAAUUGGUUUCACAAUCAUAGAAUGAGGAUGAAACAAAAUUCACAAGUUGAAUCUUUAACAAGGGAAGGUCAAACAUCUGGAUUUGACCCUGUACAGUUUCGGAUAUUACUUAGUCAACGAUUAGGACUGCCAUUACCAUUUCCUGCUCCUUUUUUUCAAUCAAAUAGUGAUAUCUCAAAUAUUAUGGCAAGAAGUGCAUUACCAUUAAGAGAGCAGGGUUUGGAUCUUUCAAUCAAGCAUGAAUCUGAAGGAGAAGAUAAUGAAAGUCAUGUGGAUUCUGAAGAUUCAUAUUCUGGUGUACCUGAAGCACGAGUUCCAGAACCAAGGAGCUCAAGGAGAAAACCAGCUGCCCCUCAAUGGGUAAACCCAGAUUGGCAGCAAGAACCAGAAGUUAUCAUUAAUGGUGUUUGUGUUAUGCAGACUGAGGACUUUGAAAGGGAUGGUAGGGAAGAAACAGUUCGAGUGGAGCCCACAGCAGUUCCUGAGGAACAAAGUGCUACUAUUGAGCAAACAUCUGAAGUACCUUUAGAAGAUUCAAAACCUUCUAUUUCUGUUAAACAAGAAGUAAAAGAUGAAAAAUGGGAUAAUCAGUUCUAAAUUAAAUAUAUAUAAUUAUUCUAUAUCAUGGCUUCUUUGUUAUUUGCUAGUUUCGUUUAAAUUAUUAUCUAAUUUUUUGUUGAAAUAAUUGAAUUAAAAGUUGUUUAAAAGGCCUAAAAAAGAACAAUAUGUUUGGGAAGAAAACAAAUAAAUCUAAAAAAGUUUUUCAAAGGCUUUUGAAUAGAUGCAAAAAUUGUAGCAAUUUUAAAAGAAGUCAUGAAUAUAUUUUUAAACGGGUAAGUUUGUAUUUAUCAUAAAUUAAUUAAAAGACAUUUAUUUUGUAAAGUGUCUAAGAAAAAUACUUCAAAAAAUCCAUUAUACGGAUAAAUGUAUCUGAAGAAUUUCUUGUGUUAGACUGUGUCUUGAUCUCAGUGGUUUGUGAACAAUUAAUGGAGUUCAAGGUAUAUGAUAUAUGAUAUGAACUUCUAUAAACAAUCUAUUAAAAUAACAAAAUUAUGGGAAUCAUGAUCUGAUUCUCUAUUCAUAUUUAUCUAAUGAACUAUUUGUAGUAAAAAGUGCAAUCAACGAAUUCUUUAAAAUAUUUAGUUAAAGCAUAUAAUUAAUUAACCUGUAAUUAAAAUAUAUUAUAGUAGUCUUUCUUGUAAGACAAGGGGCAUUUUGUUUUGUUUUAAUUUUAAUGUAAAUAUUGUAAUGUAGAGAAAGUGUACCAGUUAGGUUGUCGGUAAACAACCAAGUUGUCGAUUAUAGUAUGGUUGUGAAAAUUUAAGUUGAUGUUAUUGAAGUAAUCAAAGAUGAAAUAAGACUGGUUAAACUGUUAUUAAUAACACAGAUCAAAUAGUUUCAUGAAAGUGAUUAUAGACAUGGGUAAUAAUAGUUAAUUUGUGAGUUAUUUGUUUUAUUAACUUGAGUCUGUUUUAAUUGUGAUACAACUAAUUACUUAGUAAUUUUUUUUAAAUGUGAUUACAUUUAUUAAAAUUCAUCAAUGUAAUUUAUAGACCUUAUACUUUUUAUAACCAUAAUGUCCAAGCCAAGACAAACUUUUAAGUGUCUAUAAAUUAAUGAAAAUAAAAUAAACAUAUUAUUGUGCUUGUGCUAAAAGUUUUAUUAAGUGUUACAGAUUGUAAAAAUAUUGUUUUACCCUCAUCACUUUCAACUCUUGAGUAUGUAUGUAUCUGUUUGAAUGUUGUAUGUUUUUUUACAAAAAAAAAAUAUAUAUAUGUAUAUGUCUAUAUAUAUGUAUAUAUAUAUAUAUAUA